ACAUCCAUCAGGAUCUCAUCUCCACCAGGAUCCCAUCUCAACUGGGAUCUCAUCUUCACCAGGAUCUCACCUCCACUGGGAUCUCAUCUCCACAGGGAUCUCACCUCCAUCAGGAUCUCACAUCCAUUGGGAUCUCAUCUCCACUGGGAUCUCAUCUCCACCGGGAUCCCAUCUCCAUCAGCUCCUGGCCAGAAGUUGAUGAUUGGACCCUCUUCCAUCGGCUCCUCCCCAGAAAUUCAUCCUGCCAGGACCCACCUCCACUGAAGUUCACCCCACCAGGACCCACCUCCAAAAAGUUCAUCCCGCCAGGACCAAUCUCCACCAGCUCCUCCACUGAAGUAGAUCCCACCACGACCCAACUCCACUGAAGUUCAUCCUGCCAGGACCCACCUCCAUUGAAAUUCACCCUGCCAGGACCCACCUCCUCCAGUUGCUCCAUUUAAAUUCAUCCCACCAGGACCCACCUCCAUUGGCUCCUUCCCAGAAGUUCAUCCUGCCAGGACCCAGCUCCAUUGACAUCCAUCCCACCAGGACCAAACUCCACAGAAAUUCAUCCUGCCAGGACUAAACUCCCCAGAAAUUCAUCCCACCAGGACCCAGCUCCCCAGAAAUUCAUCCCAGCAGCACCAAAUUCCACAGAAAUUCAUCCUGCCAGGACCCAACUCCCCAGAACUUCAUCCCACCAGGACCGAACUCCACAGAAAUUCAUCCUGCCAGGACCCAGAUCCAUUGACAUCCACCCUACCAGGAGCCACCUCCACAGAAAUUCAUCCUGCCAGGCCCAAGUCCCAUGAACUUCAUCCCACCAGGAGCCACCUCCACAGAAAUUCAUCCUGCCAGGACCCAGCUCCAUUGACAUCACCCCACCAGGACCCACCUCCCCAGAAAUUCACCCCACCAGGACCCAAAUCCCCAGAAGUUCAUCCCACCAGGACCAAACUCUACAGAAAUUCAUCCCAGCAAGACCCACUCCCCAGAAAUUCAUCCCACCAGGACCUACUCCCACAGAAAUCCAUCCCACCAGGACCCAGCUCCAUUGACAUCAUCCCACCAGGACCCACCUCUCCAGAAAUUCACCCCACCAGGACCCAAAUCCCCAGAAAUUCACCCCACCAGGACCCACCUCCACUGAAGUCCACCCCACCAGGACCCACCUCCUCUGAAGUCCACCCCCCCAGGAGCCACCUCCACCCUCUCGUCCCCAUGGAGGUGUGGCGGCAGUGUGCCCACUGGCUGGUGGCCGCGCGCGUGCUGCCGGCGGGACACCGGGCCAGCAGCCCCGGGGGACAGGUGUGGGACCUGGCGCAGGCGCUGCGCGACGGCGUCCUGCUGUGCCACCUGCUCAACGCCCUCCUGCCCCGCGCCGUGCCGCCCCGGGACAUCUGUCCCCGGCCACAGAUGUCACAGUUCCUGUGCCUGAGGAACAUCCGCACCUUCCUGACCGCCUGCGCUGACAAAUUCGGGCUCCCCAAGCACCGGCUCUUCGGCGCCUUCGACCUCUUCGAUGUCCAGGACUUCGGCAAGGUGAUCGAGACGCUCUCAACGCUCUCCUGGACCCCCAUUGCGCAGAGCAAAGGAUUCACGCCAUUCCCGUCCGAGGACAGCGUUGGGGACGAUGACAUUUACAGCGGCCUCUCCGACCUCAUCGAGUGAGUGGGGGCCACUGGGGGCUACUGGGGGC